GCCGGUCUUUCUUUGUUAAAGUAUCCUUUAAAAAACAAAAGGUAUUCUUCCAAAACCACAAACCCAUUUUCCACUAUCAUUUCUUUUCACAUCAAACUAUACUCAUUUUGCUUAAUCUUCAAGCUCUUCCCUUAAAUUGGAAGACCAAACCCCAAAAAUAACAAACAACAAAAAUGGCACUUAAAAUGGCCAUGUGUUGUUUUAGCAAUACUCUUGACACAAAUGAUGAACUUGUUCAUCCUAAACAAACUCCCUUACCUUCUCCUCAAAGAGUAUCUCAUUUAGGUUUAACCAAUACUUACCUUUACACCUCUGAUAUGUCGAUCAACGAGCUUUCGAACUCGAUUCCUGGUUCAAACCUCCAUGUUUUUAGCCAUGAUGAACUUAGGUUAAUCACUAACAACUUCUCCUUAAGUAACUUCCUUGGUGAAGGUGGGUUCGGUGCGGUUUAUAAAGGCUUCUUACAUGAUAGUCUUAGGCCUGGAUUAGAGGCUCAAGCUGUUGCUGUUAAGGUCUUGGAUUUGGAAGGAACACAAGGCCAUAAGGAGUGGCUGGCUGAAGUGAUAUAUCUUGCGCAAUUAAGGCACCCUAAUUUGGUGAAGUUAAUUGGGUAUUCAUGUGAAAAUGACCAAAGGCUCCUUGUGUAUGAGUUUAUGGCAAGGGGUAAUUUGGACAAGCAACUUUUUAGCAGACGUUCUGUUCCGUUGCCAUGGUUGACAAGAAUCAAAGUUGCAUUAGAAGCUGCAAAAGGCUUAGAUUUUCUUCAUGAACUCAAUAAACCAGUCAUUUUCAGAGAUUUUAAGGCUGCUAACAUACUCUUAAAUGCUGAUUAUACUGCAAAACUCUCGGAUUUUGGGUUUGCAAGAGAUGGGCCAGGGGAAGAUAAGAGUCAUGUUUCAACCAAGAACAUAGUGGGCACUCACGGCUAUGCAGCCCCAGAGUACAUUAUGACAGGUCAUUUGACAACCAUGAGCGAUGUCUACAGUUUCGGGGUAGUACUACUAGAGAUACUAACAGGAAGAAGAUGUAUGGACAAAAAGCGCCCGAAAAAGGAGCAGAGUUUAGUAGAAUGGGGGAGACCUCUACUCAAAGAUCCUCGAAAAAUCGAAGGCUUAAUGGACCCGAGACUAGACGGGCAAUACUCUAUCGAAGGUUCGAAAAUAGCAGCUCAAUUGGCCUACCAAUGCCUAAGCAAGCACCCCAAAACACGGCCGAAAAUGAGUGCAGUGAUCAAAGUGUUGGAACCCCUUUUGGAGCUCAAUGACAUGCCAUUUGGGGGUACUUUUGUGUAUGUUGUACCUAAAGAAGGUACUCAAGUAAUAACCAAGAAAGAACAAUCAUUGUUAUGUGAUGUUAAAGAUGAGGAUGUUAAUAUAAUUGAUGUAAAAAAUGAAGUGGUGAAAGUUGAAUUGGAAGAAAAGGAGGUUGAAAUAGGAGAAAACAACAAACAAGAAGAAGUUCAAAUUGGAGAAAAACAAAGGAUUAGAGAGCAUAGAAGAUCAUUGAGAUCUAGGGCUGUUAAAUCUGAUUCAGAUCUUUGUAAAGCUCAACAAUAGGAGGCUUUAAUUUGUUUUAAUUAGUAAUUAUGAUUUAAUUCACUGCAAGUGUACAAAGUUUUUUGUUGGAACAAAUAAUGAGUUAUUUCAGUUGUGUAACUAAUAAGAAGAAAGCUAUGGGCAUAUUACAAUCAAAA